AUGGAUGUCGAAAAUCUUCGUUAUAUAGAUUUAAAUGCAUUCAGUGAACCGUUAGCUAAACGUAUUGAAGUGUUUGAAAUGAUUGGCGAUAAUAAACUAAUAGAUCCGCAACAAGUGUUUCAAGUUAUCAAUUUCUUCUAUAGCCUGAAACAUCUACAAGAGAUAACUAUAACCAAUGGUGAACUCAACUACAUUUCAGACAAUAGUUUUUAUUUGAAAUACCAUUCAAACCAAUCGCUUAUAAUUGAUUUAUCAAAUAAUAAUUUAACACAAUUUAGUUUCGGUCGUCACUCGUUGGUCGGCACCAAUAGACCCAUUGAAUUAGAUUUAAGAGAUAAUCAAUUGACUGUUUUGGAGAGAGAAAUAUUUAGACCAUUCCUCUCCAGUAAUACAAAAAACUCUAUAAAUCUCAGCGCAAAUCCCAUCAAUUGUCAGGACUGUCACAUCAAGUGGUUGGUUGAAGACAAACAUAUAUUUGAAGACAAUGUUUUUGAGGUCCGAUGUCAGCAUUAUGUGAUUACUGGUUUUAUGUAA